ACCUGCACCGACCACCCCCGCGACCGUUCUCCCAUCUUCCUCCCUCCCCACCGCCGUGACACGACGACGACCCGAGAGUCAGCGAGGCGACGACCGGCGGCGAGGCGAGGCGAGGUGAGAAAAGGGAUCGGCGGAGAUGAACGCGUUCCGGCUCGCCGGGGACAUGACCCACCUCCUCAGCGUGGUGGUGCUCCUCCUCAAGAUCCACACCAUCAAGUCCUGCGCAGGCAUAUCUCUAAAGACCCAGGAGCUAUAUGCCCUUGUUUUUGCUGCCCGUUACUUGGACCUGUUCAUUCAUUUUAUAUCUCUGUAUAACACUGUCAUGAAGUUGGUCUUCCUGGCAAGCUCUUUCUCAAUAGUUUGGUACAUGAAGAGGCAUAAGAUUGUGCGAAGAACCUAUGACAAGGAUCAUGACACCUUUCGCCAUCACUUCUUAGUGUUGCCAUGUUUGGUUCUUGCCCUCCUCAUUAACGAGAAGUUUACUUUUAGAGAGGUUAUGUGGGCAUUCUCCAUAUAUUUGGAAGCUGUCGCAAUUCUACCUCAACUUGUGUUGCUACAACGCACAAGAAAUAUUGACAACUUAACUGGCCAAUAUGUCUUCUUUCUAGGUGCAUACCGUGUGUUGUACAUCCUUAACUGGAUUUACCGAUACUUCACUGAGCCCCAUUUUGUUCAUUGGAUAAGCUGGAUGGCGGGCAUUGUGCAGACUUUAUUGUAUGCUGACUUCUUCUACUAUUACAUUAUGAGCUGGAAGAACAAUGUGAAGCUGGAGCUACCAGCCUAAGCUUACUUCCUUUCAUGAUAGGCUAGGGUAAUACUUGUUAAAUAGAUAGAAAGACAUGAUACAGCAUGACCAUUGCUAUAUCACCUGCCAGAUUAUGAUAUGCAUCUUGGUUUCCUGGCUUAUCCUCUUUAUUUCUUUUUCUAUUUAUCGGAUGAGAGGAAAUCCAAGGGUCGCCUUGUAUCUUGUAUGACACAGUAAGAUGAAUACCGGGAGAUUCUGAAUCAUGAUAGGUUUUGCGACAGAGUGGAAAUGCUAUCGAACUCCUUUUGGCUA